AUGCCUUCCUCAGUAACUUUCUCCGCUUCCGCAGCGCACACCAAAUCUGCCAGCCAAUCCAUCUACAGCCGCCCCCCCCAGAAGAAGCAGAAAAUGAGCAUCACCCAGACCUACUUCCUCGCCCACAGUGCUCGCGGCAAGCUCUCUCGCGAGGCUGCCCGACCUGACCACGACCUCCGCCUGUUGGUGGGACACGCCAACAUGCUCGACUCUCUGAUGCUCGAUUUGGCAAACGCCGAGCAGGAGCAGGAGCGGUGGUUCAACAACAUCGUCAACGGAUCGCAAGCACAGGAGGAGGAGAAGGAGGAAGAAGAGGAGAGACAUCGACAUGUCGAGACCAUUGUGGAGGAGCCCGAGGCCGACUGGGAACCUGAAGACGCCGCCAGCUCUGAAGAAGAAUCCGAGGACGAGACCGAGCAGAAGCCCGACACCCAGGUCACCGCCAUUGAAGUCGACUCGGAUAUGGAAGAUGACGAAGACGAGGAGAACGAGGAACUGACCCUCGUGCGAACUGCCUCCAGGCACUCACCUCCCGAGCUCAGCCUGGACACCGACUCGGACUCGGAAGACGAACAGAUGCCGCCCUCACCACCCGCCACCACCAUCCAAGUCUUGAGCGAGAAGCAGAGACAAGCCAUCGCCACGACUUCAUUCUACGACGCAAAAGACAACGCCUCGUUAUCACCCGAAGAGUCGGAAGCGUUUGAAGAAGAAGGCUUCUACCUCCCUUCAAGGCAACAGCCAACCAUAAUCGCUGCCUACUGA